UGAUAUGUUGAUGUCAGAACGAAAUGAUAGUUAUUUAUUUGUUUAUACCUAUUUUAAUAUUUUAUAAUACGCAUUGUUUAUUAUGUUACAAUGGCACUUUUUCAAAUAUGAAUUAUGGUGAUGAUCCAUUAAAGUUUAGUGGACUUUUCAGCCCAUCUCAUAGGACUACAAGAAGAACUCGGUGUGCGUUGACAAUACUUUGUCCAGAAAAUGCUAUGUGUUUUAUACGCUCGUGGUCGGCUCGCACACAUUAUGCUUGGAUAGUACAGCGUGGUUGUUAUCAAACUGCUAAAGACGAUCCUCUUCCGAAAACUAUGAUCAUCCCCACCAGAGUCAGGACUUGUAAACAUGAAAGAUAAUGAAGACGGCUAUUUACAUUUCGAUUAGGUCAAAUCAUCAUCAUAUCAGCCAUUAUCUGUCCACUGCUGAACAUAAGCCUAGCCCAUAAAGGAGAUUUAGUCAUUAGUUGCCAUGCUUGGCAGACGGAUUGACAACCGCAGUUAGGUUAGGUGAUAUUUCGAAAGAGUGGUUGCUGCUCAUCCCUCUACCAUUAAGUUCUUUUAGUCACCUUUUACGACACCCACUAGAAAGGAAAGGGAAACCUAUUC